AUGAAGGUUCUAGUCUUGGCUGUCGCGUGCAGCGCAAAGUCUGAUGCAGAUGCCCAAAGGAACCAGGGGAUUCAGGGUUUCGGCCAACAACUCGGCCAACAAUUCGGCCAGUCACAGACCGUGGACUUGUCCGGUCAACAAUCUGGAUACUAUGGAGGAGGACUUGGCGGGUAUGGACUUAGCGGGCUGGGAGGAGGAUAUGGCGGCUACGGCGGAGGAUUCGGCGGCCUUGGUGGGCUUGGCUAUGGUGGCUAUGGUGGUGGCUUCGGAGGCUAUGGAGGAGGAGGGUAUGGUGGGUACGGCGGUGGGUAUGGCCUGAGCGGAUUGGGCGGUGGAUACGGCGGAGGUCUUGGCUAUGGUGGUCUUGGCGGCGGAUACGGUGGAUACGGUGGAUACGGUGGAUAUGGAGGAUAUGGUGGGGGCUACUAGUGAGCCCUGGGUCCAUAAGCGGAUCAUCAGCCUCAUGGACUGAUUCUUCUCCCCCUCAGCCUCGAGCCUCACCUCUGUCUCGUCAGUACCUGUCGCACCCAGUGUGUCCUCAGCGCUCAAAGGCAUCUUGUUUUUGUUGUCGUAUGUGUGUUUGCAUGGUUCGUUAAAUAAAUUAUACGUGUUUUUCUACA